AUGGGUGCCACCUUUGGGACUCAUUACUCGCAUCUACAGCUGGGAGCGGCCCUACAGCCGUUCCCAGAGCAGCCGGCUGAGGCGGUCCUGUGUGAUGUCAUUGACACUCCGGACCGACCUCCAGAUGGAGCUUUUGACCGCGUUGUAAGAUGUUUCACAUGUAAUGACCCGUUGAUGUCAUACCUUCCUUUUUCGUUUCUUAUUGUUCUGUGUAGCUUAAAUACCCGUGGUCCGAGGGCGAUUCUUUCCUCAGACUCUUACUCUCUGGACCACAGUCCUGUCGUUAUAGAGCUUCUUUUUGGCACUCUCUCUGUGCCAGUCGCUUCUUUGUCACUGCGCUCAACAGCAACAAGAGGGACAACAACAGGAGCAAGAGGUGGAAGAGGUGCUGGGUCUGCCACAGGAUGA